AUGCCUCGCUUUCGCCCUCCGCUCUGCUCUCUUGGCGACUCCCUUCCGCCUCGCGGCGCCUUUCCCUCGGCCCUCCCCACGCUUCCGCACGUCCCCAUUGCUGCGUCGGCGGGUCGUGCAUCCUCCGCCCUUCCCACUUGCUGCUUUCGCGCUGCUGCCGCCUCUCUGGCGACGGUGACCAGGUGCCUUCCCUCCUGCUGCGCUGCUGGCGGCGCUCUGGCGAGUGCCUUUCCCUUCCGUACUUCUCCCUCCGCUGGCGGCGCCAGUCGGGCGAGCGGGACCCGCUGCUAUCCCUCUUCUCUCUCUGCCUCGGCCGACCCGGCGAGCGCCCCACGCUGCUGCGUUCCCCGUGCUGCUGACCGCGGCGCUCCUGCGACCAAAGCUCCUCCCCGUGCCUUCCUUCCUGGCGCCCGUGCGGCUCAGGUGAGCGCGGCUCAUCCUUCCAUCUGCCACCGCGCGCCUGCCACUGCUCCGGCGAACGCAUGCCGCCGCCGCUCCAGCCUCCCUGCUCUUGUCGCCUAUCGUACGGGCGGAAGUCGCCUACGCGCCAUUCUCCAGCGAGCGCGACCGCUCCGCCUUCCCCUUGCCAUGCUGCCUUUGCACCAGUGCAUCUCGAACGCCCUCGUCUGGUGUCACUCGCUCCUGGCGAAGUGA